GGAAGUUGUGAUUCAUCCCCCGGAAGAAGCGACUGACAACUGUGGGACCGGAGAGAUGGCGGCGGCGGGGGGCUGGCUGCUGAGAGGCGUCCUGGUGCUGAGCGUACACCGUUGGGUUCUGUCGUCUCCCGCGCAGGAUCAGAAGGCUCCGGCAGGGUCCGACCCUGCAGCGGUGAGCGCCCCCUGCUGGCAGAGAGAGGCGUACACCAUAUCUAAGGACUGCUACAGCUGUACUCAGUUUGAGACGAAGACCCUCGAUCAGUGCAGCGACUCCGGCUUCGUAGAGCAGGUUGCCUGUACCAACUCCAACAAGUCCGAGUAUAAGAGCUGUCGCUCUGUGCCCAUGGAGAAGCGGGUGUUCUGGCAGUUUGUGGGCGCCAUGUUGGCGGGCACAGUUGCGCUCGCCCUCCUGGUGAUUUCACGGCAGAGGACGUUGGAUCGCCGAGCGCUGGAGAAAGUGCGCAAACAGAUCGAGUCCAUCUAACUGGGGGCGUCUGUAGGAGACUAGGCCCCCCUUCCGCCAUCUUGCCCUGUAUCCUGGCCUCUGAUGCUCCACCCCGCGCCUCUGUGUCCUCUUCUCCCAUCAUGGCGGUUGUGGAAAGGUUAUUCUCAUCUGAGAUUUACGUGGAGUGAUGACCUCAGCGAAUCGGAUUAUAAAACCAAGUGACAUCACCGUGUCACACAGAGAAUGUCUGACCAGUCCUCCGCCAGCAGGGGGCGUCACCGGGUGACCAGGGCGGACUGAUCUGUGGACGACCGGACUGUGUUAUUAUUGUUGGAUUUUUUUUUAUUAUGAUCAAUAAAGUUCUUAGAGUUUGAA